AAAACAAAACAAACAAAUAAACAAAGAAAUGCUUAAACCUUGGAGCAGUUUGCGGUGCCCGAGUCAGCUCCUCUGUUUUUGUUCCAGCAGUGAAAAUGAGGCAUUUCCCCUGGGUGGAGGAGGAAGGUCUUUCUCACUCUCUAUGAAAACCUGGCAGUUUUAGGUCAGUUUUAGUGGCACAGAUAGAUUGGGAGACACUGGCACUAAGUCUGGAGUCUGGGAGGGGAAGCAGCAAUGGAUUUCUUCCGAUUCUUGAGGUUGAGACCCACAAUGGUACACUGACUUAGGGUGGGAGUUUCUGGAAAGAAACAAACCUGAUCUAGCCGUUUCUCAGUUGCUCCACAUCACCACGCAGAUAGCCACUACUGUGCAGUGGUAGUGUUUGCUUCUUUUCCAAACUAGACUGCAGUAUGGCCCUGUGCCCUGUUGGAAGGGCAUAUGUGGUAGACUGUGGUCACUGAUCCUUUUGACUUAAUUGGCAUGUUUAGGGAGCGCUGCUACCAAGGCAGGCGCAGAUGGGACAACCUUUGUUCAGAGUUGGACAUAAAUCCCUACCCUUGGUGACUUCAGUCCACCUGCCUCUGCAGCCCAGCCCUUGGCAAGUUCUAGCUCACAACACAACAGUCUUUGAAACAGUGUGAUCUCAGGAGAUCAGGCUGCCUGGCCAUGCUGCAGAAAGCCUAUAACAUGUUCCAGGGGAGGCCAGCCACAGUGAGCUGUUCUUUCUUUGGUGGGGGAAAUCUAGUGAUCCUGAAUGGCUAAUAGCCUAAUCUCCUCUAACGCCUGCAGUCGCUGCCUGCCCACUCCUCCCCUCCCCCACUCAUCUUCCUCCUCUGACUUGCGCCUGAGCCUUCUCCAGCUGGGAAACCUUACUCCCGCCCCUUUGCGUGGCCCCAGCUUCAGCUCGGGGCUCUUUGUCACAGCUCCGCCCAGUUGGGCACACCCUCCAGGAAAGGUUCCUUCCCUACUCACUCUGGGUCUAAGCAGAUCGGGAUGAACCUUCAAAAAGCCAAGGUUCUCCCAACUGGGCACUGUUAUCCAUCCCUGGGGAUGUGGGCCCCAGAGGCGGGCUGCCUGAGGCUUUCUGUGCCACCCUCCAUCAGCAGGAAUCCAGCCAUGGUGAACGAGGUCAGAGGAAGUGGCAGUUCCAACCCCCGAUCUGAGGGCAGCAGCAGUGGCAGCGAGAGUUCCAAGGACAGCUCGAGAUGUUCCACCCCCAGCCUGGACCCAGACCGGCACGAGAGACUCCGGGAGAAGAUGAGGCGCAGAAUGGACUCUGGUGACAAGUGGUUCUCCCUGGAGUUCUUCCCUCCACGGACUGCUGAGGGAGCUGUUAACCUCAUCUCCAGGUUUGACCGGAUGGCAGCAGGGGGCCCCCUCUUCGUAGAUGUUACCUGGCACCCGGCUGGAGACCCUGGCUCAGACAAGGAGACCUCCUCCAUGAUGAUCGCCAGCACGGCCGUAAACUACUGCGGCUUGGAAACCAUCCUGCACAUGACCUGCUGCCAGCAGCGCCAGGAGGAGAUCACAGGCCAUCUGCACAGAGCCAAGCAGCUCGGCCUGAAGAACAUAAUGGCGCUGAGGGGAGACCCUGUAGGUGACCACUGGGAGACAGAGGAAGGAGGCUUCAGCUAUGCCACGGACCUGGUGAAGCACAUCCGGAACGAGUUUGGCGACUAUUUUGACAUCUGUGUGGCAGGUUACCCCAGAGGCCACCCCGAUGCAGAGAGCUUCGAGGAUGACCUGAAGCAUUUGAAGGAGAAGGUAUCCGCAGGCGCCGACUUCAUUAUCACUCAGCUCUUCUUUGAGGCCAGCGCUUUCUUCAGCUUUGUGAAGGCCUGCACAGAGAUAGGCAUCUCUUGCCCUAUCCUGCCUGGAAUCUUCCCUAUUCAGGGCUACACCUCCCUUCGGCAGCUUGUAAAACUGUCUAAGCUGGAGGUGCCACAGAAGAUCAAGGAUGUAAUUGAGCCAAUCAAAGACAACGAUGCUGCCAUCCGCAACUAUGGUAUCGAGCUGGCUGUGAGCCUGUGCCGGGAGCUGCUGGACAGUGGCUUGGUGCCAGGCCUCCACUUCUAUACCCUCAACCGCGAGGUGGCCACCAUGGAGGUGCUAAAGCAACUGGGCAUGUGGACUGAGGACCCCAGGCGGCCCCUGCCCUGGGCUCUCAGUGCGCAUCCCAAGCGCCGGGAGGAAGAUGUCCGUCCCAUCUUCUGGGCCUCCAGACCAAAGAGCUACAUCUACCGCACACAGGGCUGGGAUGAGUUUCCUAAUGGCCGCUGGGGUAAUUCUUCCUCGCCAGCCUUUGGGGAGCUAAAAGACUACUACCUCUUCUACCUGAAAAGCAAGUCCCCCAGGGAGGAGCUGCUGAAGAUGUGGGGUGAGGAGCUCACCAGUGAAGAGAGCGUCUUUGAAGUCUUUGAACACUACCUCUCAGGAGAGCCGAAUCGCCAUGGCUACAAAGUAACCUGCCUGCCCUGGAACGAUGAGCCCCUGGCAGCGGAAACCAGCCUGAUGAAGGAAGAGCUGCUCCGCGUGAACAGGCUGGGCAUCCUCACCAUCAACUCUCAGCCCAACAUCAAUGCAAAGCCGUCCUCAGACCCUGUUGUGGGCUGGGGGCCCAGUGGGGGCUAUGUCUUCCAGAAGGCCUACCUGGAGUUCUUCACCUCCCGUGAAACUGUGGAGGCGCUUCUGCAGGUGCUGAAGACAUAUGAGCUCCGGGUCAACUACCACAUCGUGGAUGUGAAGGGAGAGAACAUCACUAAUGCCCCUGAGCUGCAGCCCAACGCCGUGACGUGGGGUAUCUUCCCGGGUCGAGAGAUCAUCCAGCCUACUGUGGUGGAUCCCAUCAGCUUCAUGUUCUGGAAGGAUGAGGCCUUUGCCCUGUGGAUCGAGCAGUGGGGCAAGUUAUACGAAGAGGAGUCGCCGUCCCGCAUGAUCAUCCAGUACAUCCAUGACAACUAUUUCCUGGUCAACCUGGUGGACAAUGAGUUCCUGCUGGAGAGCUGCCUGUGGCAGGUGGUAGAGGACACGUUUGAGCUGCUCAACAGGCACACCACGAAGAAAGAGACACAGGCCCCAUGAGCCUGCAUCCCAGUAUCUUCCUUGCCUGGAACCCCUCUCCCUCAUCUUUCUACAGAGGAUAAUGGCAGCUAGACUGGCAGGAGCACCCCUGCUCUGGCUGGACCAGAGAUGCCCAUCAAGGAGGCUGAUGCUCUCUGCUCAAGCCCAGAGCCCAUGUUCUUGCUGUGGCAAGCGCCUCCAUCCUCAGGGGGAGGAGACCAGAGAUUGCUCAGCACUGCACCAAGACAGCCUCCAGGAGGUGAACUUUGACCUGGGGUCUAUGUGAGAUAGACAGUAGGCACUGUGAAAUACUGAAGGAGGUAGGAAGAGAUGUGCAAACGAGGGUACAAAACCUCCUCCCUACUCAGCGGGCUACACACCAGGGCCCCAGGAGAGGCCUGGCUGGCAACACAAGCCUUUCUUGCCAUCUUAGGCCAAAGAGUGCAGUUCUGUCUCUUCCACGGGGCUUCAGAAGGUUGGUUGUGGCUGUUCUGUGGCUGAGAAGAAAGUGCCCCUUAAGGGUUAAAAGCGUUCUGUCCUCAAUGGAGGCUUGCUCUUGGCCUUGAUUUCUGUCCUCUUAAUGAGAUUCACCUGGGCAGGGCCCAGCUCCGCCUGUGGCUGUGUGCAGCCUGCUCCCUGGCUUCUAAGCAGACUCUCCUGCCAGCUGCUGUCUUCUCUGUUGGGCCUAGACUAGGACCUGUCCCUGGCAUUCCUCCCCAGUCAGCCCUCAGGCCUGGCUGCCUGGGGCAGUGACUGGCAGACACAGAUGACUGCUCCCAGCCUGCUGGUCUUGUUUGAGUCAGGGAACGGGAGAAAGCUGUCUAUAGAGCAACUUAGGUAGAGCAGGGGGUUCCCUCCCCUCGUCUCCCAGGCCUAGGUGACCGCAGUGGAGAGUAGCCUUGGAGAGACUGAGCAGAAGCAGCCAGGAGGAGGGGGUCCUUUUAUUGUCCCAGAGCUCCAGGCGCUGGCUCCUCCAUCUGCGGGCCUGUCCCCUCCCUCGGGAGGCUGGGCUUGGUUCUGCUUAGUUCUUGGGAUUAUUUCAUAGCUGCUGCUGGGCCCUACUCACUCCACGCCUGCUACAUCUGAGCCACUGUUAACUGUCUCCAGGGGCACAGCCUGCUGCUGGUUCUCGUGGGCUCUUGGCUAACAAACGCUGGUGCCACUUUUCAAAGGCCUUAAGGCAAGACAGGGCAGGAAGUACUGCUUGUCUCAGGCUCCCUCUAGGGCCUGUACUGGGCCUGUCAGACUGACACCUAAGCCAUGUUCUGUGUGUCUCAACCAGAGGCCCUUUCCUCUGCCCUGGCAGCCAGCCCACUCUGUCUCUGCCCAAAUAUCUAGGCUCAGAAUAGACUGGACUUGUGACCUGGGAAGCUAUGCCCAGUGACCUGGGUCUGUUCUGGACCCAGGCCCUGCAAGGACCACACGGGGAGCCACUGCAACAAACAGACUGGUUCUCAGACUGAGUGAAACUGACACUUGGCUGGGCUUAAGGCCACUAGUCAAGGACUAAUGUCUAGGCUGUGUGCUCUGUAACCAAUGGCCAACUCAACUGAAUGAGGAUAGCCCAGGGUGGUGAGCAGGGACACCCCUCCCCUCUCCCUGGCUCAGCCUGUAGGUAGCACUGGUCUUGGAAGGCUGGCUGGGUGAAGCGAGGUAAAGUCACCUGGGAAAGGACCCAGCGCUCUUCUCUCUAGUGUAGCUGUUGAGCCACCCGGAGCUGAAGGCCCUUUUUCUACCAUGUCUUCCACGCCUGUUCCAGGAGCUAUUGUCUGAACUACAGAGAGUUGAUAGAAAAGACCCUCUGCCAUCCUGUCAGCCCUGGCCCUUCUGCUGCCACCCCAGGGUGAAGGAGAUGUGACAAGGGGCCAUCACCUAAGAAAUGUUACCAGGUGAGCACACCUCAGCCCAUCCCUGAGGCUUUGGACAUGAGAUGCAGUUAGAAUCUCCAGUUAGCCAAGGGAAAGAUAGGAUGAGCGGGGAGUCGCUCCCAGAGCCUCUGCCUGGAACAGAGGAGCUAAGCCUCCCUACCAGAGCCCUAGACAGCUGCUCCACCCAGUGAACAUCUACCCAGCAUUGCCAUGCCCUUGCCAGGCUCCAGGCCUGCCGGGAAACCCAACUAUGCCAACACUGUAGGUGCCUGUUCCUGCAGGCCAAGAAUGUCUAACCUCUUCAAGGGCAAAGAGCAAGAGGCCCAGGCUCAGCCAUCCUGCCAGAGUUGAGAAGCCCUGGCCUGAGCAAACUGACCACCCCUCCCAUGCACAGCUGACCCUGUCCUUUGAGGUGCCUGGCUUUGGCCCUCCAGGGCCCUGGUCUCAGAGCUGCGGGACUCACCUAGUCCUGUAGGGGGCCAGUGAAGGGCCAUGCAGGCAGUGGCAGCCAGAACUCGAGGGCUGGGCAGAGGGGUCUCUCUGUGUCACCUGGAAAGGAAACUUGGAUCAGGAGAGGAUGAUGUCUUGAUUUAGAAGAACAGAAGACACCCCCCACCCCCCCAAGUCUCCAGGCUGUGGGCUGGCCCAAGGCACUAACGGGAAAAGAAGGGAAUUCUUCAAAUAGCUGGGACAUUCAAGAAGAGAUGGACAGGGGCAUUGUUUCAAAGAGCUUGGCCUAAGGGCUGAGACCCAAGGACUCAGCUCCUUACUCAAAGCCUGGGUUGUGGUCCUCUGUAUGCCUCGUCCAUGUGGCCAUGCCAGGCUGGGCAGCACACCCUCUACAGCAGGUGGCCAGCAGCUGUGAGUCUGAAGGGAGAGCAGGGGACAAGGAACAACUGCAGUGGGCUUGACCCCGCUGACCAAGAGGGGGUCCUGCCUGCCUCUUGCCAGAGCAGGCUCCCACCUGUGUGCAUAAUGGGGCUCUUCACCUGACACUCAGAAGUUCCAAGAUCCCCAGACGAGCCAAGCCACCAGUACAUGGCACAGCUCCCUCUGAGCAUCCUCCCCGCUGGCUGAAGACAUGUAAGCAGAGGCUGGCUCGGUACUAGCUGCCCUGUGGUGGAGCUCAGGCCAGCCCUGAAGUUGAUACUAUGCUCCUGGAUUAAGCCUUAGAUGUUGCCGAAGCCUUGCCUCUCACAUGUGGCCUGAUUCCAAGGUCUGUGCUCCCAGCUUAUGCACCAUACAUAGGGGACUCGCAGCACCACAGGAUGGCUCGCCACCUGCACAUGUUGCCAGGGGAAGGCUACCUGGGCAUGCAGGACCCUGGGUCCCAUUCUCAGUGUCUGUGUGUUUCUAGAAACCUCAGUUUAUCAGCAUAUCAGCCCUGCCUUCACUAACCAGAGAAAGUGGUAGUGUACUGGUGAAAUUUCACAAUGUUGAGGCAAGAAGACCAGAGGCUGCCUCGCGAGCUUGAAGCCACCUAGGCUGUACAAGCUGGGUCUGCAAAGCCUGUAACAUCAGCAAGUCCAGCAGUAUGAGGCCCAUGGUGCACCAUCACCCUGAGCCCAUAGAGGACUCUGAAACCCAGCCAGGCUAGUCUCGCAAUUCCGUUUCAAAGGCAAAGCCACUUUGAUGGUUUAUGUUCUUUCCAAAGUUAAUUCUGUUCUUCUGGCAAUCUGAAGCAAGACUCUUGGGGAUGCCAGAUUGUCCUUGGGAACGCUGUCUAGCCUGUCAGGAACUUGGGCUGAGUCCCCUAGUUACAUCUGCAGACCUCUAGGCAGUGCUGUUUCUUGCACCUGGCAUUUGUGAUCCCUCCUGAUAGGCCUUCAGCCCCUCACUGUUGUCAGAGCUAAGAACUUCUGGUCUGAAGGUGACCUUUUGGUGCAAAAAAGAAAAAAAACACAAAUUUCUACUUUAUUUUCUGAAAUGAGUACGUUUCAUUUUUCCAAUAAAAAAUUUUAAAAGUUGCUGUCUC